UCCUCAAGCUACUGUCAAUGUGACAAUAUCUGAAGGGCAAGGUGUACAAAUGGUGGGCCAAACAGUACAGGAGUACCUGAAUUCGGCUGACAGCUAUGCAAUUUGUGACAGUAAAGGAAUUGCUAUUUCGGACACAGCAGAGACCAAAGAUCUGGAAUUUUGGAAAACACCAAGCCGAAAGCUGUAUGCCAUCAAAAACCAAGACCUGUCCAAAGUUAAGACAGGAAGACUUGAAAGCACCAUGAAAAAGAAAAGGAUGGACCCUGAAGAAAAUGAGGUGCUGGAUGGCCUGCAAGAAGUUGAACUUGAAAUCAAAAAUGCUACUGCCAGGGUGUCUGAAAACCUGGAUGAAAAGUUCAGCGAGCUCCGCAUUUCUGUAGGGCAUAUUAACGCCAAUGUCCUACAGGUUGUCCAACAGUGUGAGGUGUUGGAGGAGGUAAAAGAGAAAGUUUCUGAAAUGUCUAUGUCACUACAGAUUGCCUCAUGCCUGCGACAGGCAUUGACAUGCAGAAUGUGUACAACUAUUCCAGACACAGUCCUUGUUGUUACUGUAUGCUGUGGGCAGAUGGCAGGGUGUGGCCCUUGUGUUCAGACCUAUCUAAAUGAGAAUGACACCUGUCUGUUGUGUAAGGCUCCAAUGUUUGCCAGCAAACUGGUGUUUUUAAGAAGUCUGGCCGAGGCCCUGGCCGUGGCACGACUGGCUGGGGCACCUGCACCAUAUUCAUAGGCAACCCAGGUUCGAUUCCCACCCGUGGUCCUUUCCGCAUCCCACCCCGACUCUCUCUCCCACUCACUUCCUG